AUGCCACAAGCAACUCGUGGUGCAUAUCUGUCACAAGAGCUUACACAGGUGAAAAGCGGCCUGCAGCAGAGAGAGCUACCAAUCAGUGAUGAGACGGCAACAUUUACUUGGAGCGAGACUGCGGGUUCUCUAUUGAAGGUGAACAUUCGAAUACUGUUCUUCAAUGGUGCGUGGCCACUGACAGAGUCCGCCCUGUAUUACGUCUACACCGCAGCCGUGUUCCUGGCGAGUCUCGCCAAUAUGGCCGAAGCCGCCGUGGGCAUCGCCUUCGGACAGGGCGGCAUGGAAGAGAUCACACUGGUGCUGCCCAACACGCUGACCACGGCCUGCGGAGUAGUCAAGCUGGCCUUCUUCUUGCGCGACCACCGACGCUACUACGCCCUGGUGCGACGAACGGAGCGUCUGGUGAUGUCCCAGGAGGAACUGGCAGGAGGAGCAGCCGAAGCCUCUGCACGUGACGUGAGCCGCCGCGUGCGCGCCUUCGCCCUGUUCGUGGUCGCUCUCAUCUGCGUCCAGGGAGCCGUCUGGUGCCCCAUGCCGCUUAUUGCCUACCCAGGCGAGAGGAAACUGCCGUUUGGACAGCUACCCAGCACCAAUUACACUCAGGCGGAGGCGCUGUCUAUGGCGGCGUACAGCUGCCAGUGGGUGGAGUCCAGCCAGUGCUUCAAGCGCUCCCUGGCGAUCGUCAUAUUACGGGCGCAGCAGCAACUGGUCAUCACCGCAGGGCACCUCUACCCAGUCAACAGAACCACUUUUGUCUCGCUUGUGAAUGCAUCCUACUCGUACUACGCGCUAUUGGGACAGAUCAACAAGCGUUAA